AUGCCGAUCGUUUCCAGAGGUUUUGGAUAUGGGGUAAAACCAUUUGUGGGAUCAAAUUGUAGACAUGCAAUGAUUCCUGCAGGAAGAAAUUCCACCUAUUCCAUAAGGUCCCUGGCUUAUAAGGAUGGAUUCUUUGGAAAAUCUCUGAUUCUCAGACCUUUUCAACAGAAAAGGAAUGUGAGAAUAGGUGCUUGCAGAUGUGCCACUUCUGAAGAAACAUAUGAGGAGAAGCAGUUAACUGAAGAAGAUGCUAGGGAAAGGAUGAGUAAGACUUUGGAGGCAAUGAAAUCAAAUUUCAAUUCAAUAAGAACAGGAAGAUCAAGCCCAGCACUACUAGAUCGAAUUGAGGUUGAGUACUAUGCAAGCCCCAUCAACCUCACGAGUCUUGCACAAGUUAGUGUGACAGAAGGAAAUUCUCUUUUGAUUCAGCCAUUUGAUAAGUCCAGUGUAAAGCCUAUUGAAAAAGCCAUUAGCAAGUCUAAUCUGGGUUUAACUCCAAGCAGUGAUGGAAAUAUAAUUCGAUUAAAUAUUCCACAGCUGACAGCUGAAAGAAGAAAGGAUGUUGCUGUGAAGAGCCUCAUAGAUCAAGAUUUGUAUGAAGAGCGACUUGAGGAGUUCCUCUGA